AUGGCAGCCACAGACCAUGAUCCGCUCCUCGUCCUUCGUAAAUCCAUCUCUAGCGGCCAGCCCUUCAUCCCGAGCGCGUCCGACGACCCUUCCGCUGCCGAAGUCUCUCUCUCGCAGGCCACGCACCUGCAGUUCACAGGGCUCUCGCUCGCGCUGCCGAUAGACUCGCCCACGCGCUUCAUCUCCAGCGAUAAGCCGGUCGACUUGCGUAGUAUCUACUUCGCCUGGCUGAACCGCGAGCUUGCCAUCCCGGAAUACAAUGCCUCGGCUACGACGCUCAAUGACGAGCUCGGCGCGAAUGGAUCGAGCGGCAAGGUUCAGAACCUGGGUUUCAUUGAAAGACUCGAUUUGAUCACUUGGCUCGAAGGUGCUAGCGAGGAAAGCGAGUAUAUUAAGCCUAUAGCAGGAGACGCGAGUGCAGCGGCUGCUGGAACGACCCUAUCCUCAAAGACUGGCGCUGCGGCCUUGGCUGCCUCGGCGAGAUCAGGCAAGGGGACAAUCGACCCGAGGCUGGCAAGUGUGUAUGACGGUGAGCGCAGAAUGGGCGACCGCAACUCAGUCCUGAGGGGCAUCAAACCCACGGAUUUCUCCCACGUGCGAAAACUCGCCAUCCCCUUCCUCCAAAAGAAGUCUCAGUCUUCGGCCAUCAGCUCGACCCAGUCUCUCUCCAUCAACCAAAAAGGCCCUACCCGUCGCCCCGACCCCAUCAUCUUGCUCUCUCCAUCCGCCUCCUCUCUCCUGCGCAUGUCCAAUGCUCGCUCAUUCCUCGAGGAUGGCAAGUUUGUGCCUCCCGAUGCGGGGGCGUCCACCGCUUCCAUGCUGCACGUCCAGCGCAUCAUCCCCGGCAUCGACCCAAAUCGGCCGAUGCGUUUCAUCCUCGUCGAAGGGUCAGAGCAGUUCAAGCCCGAAUACUGGAACCGCAUUGUUGCGGUCUUUACAACGGGCCAGACGUGGCAAUUUAAGAAUUACAAGUGGAGCAAUCCAAAUGAGCUUUUUAAGCAUACCAUGGGCGUGUUUGUCGGAUGGAGAGGCGAGCAGGCGCCGGAUAAUAUCCGCGGCUGGGGUCACCGCGUCACGACUACGAGCGUUGACCGCUGGAGGGGCGAGGACGACGUCGCUUCGCGAUUCAGAGACAAGGAGGUUGUGGAGUAUAUUUGGAAGUCUAUCGAGUCGAACAUGCGGAAUAAGGGCUGGAGGAGAGAUGCCGCUCCUUCGUCGAUAUAA